AGUAGGUAACGCACAGGCUGUCAAAAUGCCAGCGACACGCCUACACGGAGGUUAGUGCCGUUCAUUCACUACGUUUUUCCGCUUCCUGGCGAGCGAAACAUGGCGCUGCCGUGGAGGCAUUGCCGCAGGUGGACCGUGGGGAGAAAUGGGGCAUCUUCUCUAGUAAACGCGGUCUGUGGCGCUGUCACAGCAGCAGGGCGGAGAGAGGAGAGCAUAAUCUGUGUGGGAGUCCGUGGCAUUGCGGGAACCAAGGUAACCUCUACCAACAGACAUGUGAAUCUUCCCUCAGUCAGGAUAUGUAGUUCCCUACUAAGUUAUAAUUACAGGUCCCUGAACACUACAGAGAAUGCCAGCUGUUUUAAAAAGCUGCACAGUGAUGCCAAAGCAAAGGAUCCCUUCACAUUGGCUCAGAAAGACUUGUAUAACUUAUAUGAUGAUAUUAAAAAGGAGAUGUUUGUGUCUAAAGUAGAGCUGAAGUCUGUGUGUGAUUACUACUUCGACGGGAAGGGAAAAGCCUUGCGUCCCAUGAUAGUAGUGCUGAUGGCCAGGGCGUGUAACCUGCACUGCAACCGCGACGGAGAGCUUCUCCCAGGCCAGAGGUCCAUAGCUAUGAUCUCGGAGAUGAUCCACACGGCCAGCCUGGUGCACGACGACGUCAUUGACGGAUCUGACAAGCGAAGAGGGAAGAACACUAUUAAUGAAGUGUGGGGAGAGAAAAAGGCCAUCCUGGCUGGCGAUUUCAUCCUGUCCGUAGCGUCCAUGGCAAUGGCUCGUAUUGGCAACACCACUGUGGUGACAGUGCUGUCCCAAGUCAUCGAGGACCUGGUGCGAGGUGAAUUCAUGCAGCUUGGAUCUAAAGAAAACGAAAACGAGAGAUUCAAGCAUUACCUGGAGAAAACCUUCAAGAAGACUGCCAGUCUCAUCGCUAACAGUUGUAAAGCAGUAUCGAUUCUGGUGAACUCUGAUCCGGAGGUGCAUGAGAUUUGCUUCCAGUACGGGAGAAAUGUUGGAAUUGCGUUUCAGCUGGUGGAUGACAUUCUGGACUUCACGUCAUGUGCCAGUCAGCUGGGGAAGCCCUCUGCCGCAGACCUUCGGCUGGGAUUGGCCACCGGGCCUGUGCUGUUCGCCUGCCAGCAGUUUCCUGAGCUGCAUGCGAUGAUUAUGAGGAGAUUCAGUUCCAGUGGAGAUGUGGAGCGAGCCUGGCGGUAUGUCAUGGAGAGUGACGGCAUCCAGCAGACCAACUACCUCGCUCAGCGGUACUGCCAGGAGGCCGUGAGGCAGAUCAGCAAGCUCCGCCCCUCCGCUGAGCGGCAGGCGCUCAUCCGGCUGACCGAACUGGUCCUGUCCCGGGACAAGUGA